AUGCCGUCAGUCGAAGCGUUGGUUUCGCCGGUAGACGCAAAGGUCCCCGGCGAUAUGGUUAUCGGAAGCCAGAGCACACCCAGUGUGGUUGCCGGCCCGUCGGUUUCGACCGCGAAGAAGAGCGACUAUAAGGGGUUUGUAGCGGGGGUUUUUUCGGGAAUAGCAAAAUUGAGUGUUGGGCAUCCUUUCGAUACGGUAAAGGUGCGAUUACAAACGAGCAAAGAAGGACAUUUCAAGGGGCCGUUAGACUGUGUACUACAGACGGUACGGAAGGAGGGUGUGAGUGGGCUGUACAAGGGAGCCACGCCACCGCUGGUCGGUUGGAUGGUUAUGGACUCUGUCAUGCUCGGUUCCCUGACAUUGUACCGACGACUACUGCUCGAGAAUGUCUUUUCGAAGCCCGCUAUUCGGUCUCUCACGCCGUUUGCGAGCUACCAGCCUGAUCUCAAAACACUCCCCAGCUUCGGACAUGGGAUAGCCGGUAUCUUGGCCGGUACGACUGUCAGCUUCAUAGCGGCUCCGGUAGAGCACAUCAAGGCGCGGCUGCAGAUUCAGUAUGCGGCGGAUAAGGCGAAGCGAAUGUACAGCGGGCCGAUCGAUUGCUUAAAAAAGCUUCUGCGCACUCACGGUAUCACAGGGUUAUACCGCGGCCUCUGUGCGACAAUUCUCUUCCGAUCGUUCUUCUUCUUCUGGUGGGGUUCCUACGACGUGCUGACGCGAUGGAUGAAAAACAACACCGCGAUGUCAGCACCAGUAAUCAAUUUCUGGGCCGGGGGUAUAUCGGCACAGAUCUUCUGGUUGACCUCGUACCCGUCCGAUGUGGUCAAGCAGCGACUGAUGACGGACCCAAUGGGCGGGGCGCUAGGUGAUGGGGAAAGAAAGUUCCGCCGGUGGAAAGAUGCUGCUAGGGCGGUUUAUCAUGAGCGAGGGUGGAGAGGGUACUGGAGGGGUUUUGUGCCCUGUUUCUUACGAGCAUUCCCGGCGAAUGCGAUGGCCUUGGUUGCAUUUGAAGGCGUGAUGCGGUCGCUGCCUGCGUCGUUUUAUAGCAAGAUCAUCGGUGCUGAAGGUGCCACGGCGGAGGUCAGCUUGAGUGCAACAUUUCCGCAUUCAGCAUACCUCGCGCAGGGCCAGGCGUCUGGGCUCAGGUCCACAUUUCAACGUCGAAGGCAAAUAUUUUUGACGCUCAUUGGCUACGUGUGGGUUCAGAGAUCGACCAGUUCGAGGGAGAUUGAGCUCCGAUUCUGCUGCAAUGUCGGUCCGCGUGUUCUUUUCCGGCCACAACGCAGUGAGGUCAGGGCGGGAAAGACACAGGCCUGGCCGUCGCUUCAUCUUCUCAUCAUCGCCAGUUCUCGUCGAGAAUUGACUUUGUUGCUGGCUAAGUAUUAUCUCCCUAUACCCACAUCUCCGCUGGUCCAGAUCUUUCGACCUGUCCUCAUCAAACAUCUCCAACUUCCAAGAGCCAGCUCGCAUCCUCACCAACUCAACCCUACCGAUUCCUGCUUCCCCUCGCUCGUUUGCACCGGUCGAUACGGCCUGCAAUUGGCCGUCGUCCGCACAAUGCGACGCACAAAUCCAAUCACUCUCCUUCUUGCGGCCAUACUGGCGUUUGGAUUCGUCAUCUUCGUGCUCUCCCCUUCGACAUCCUCUGCCUCCCCCGUUAGCGCAGGCUCCGCCUCCUCCUCUUCCUCCUCCCAGCAACGCCGCGAAGACGACGCCGCCGAAAACCCCCUCUCACCUCCGACGAAACCUUUCUUCAAAUCCCAGCCCGUCCGCCAAGAUGGCCAACAGGCCCCUCCCCCGGUCGUGCAGUACGACCUGAACAAGCUCAGCAGCUCCACCAACUCCGUUGCCAACGGCGAAAGAAUCCUGAUCCUCACACCGAUGGCCCGCUUCGUCCCGGAGUACUGGGACAACGUGGUGAAACUGACCUACCCGCACGAGCUCAUCUCGAUCGGGUUCAUCAUCCCCAAGAACAAAGAGGGGAAUGCGGCCCUGGCCGCACUAGAAGACGCCAUCGCCAAGACGCAGUCCGGCCCCAUUGACAAGCGGUUCGCGAGCAUCUCCAUCCUCCGCCAGGACUUCGAACCGCCCCUGCAGUCGCAGGACGAGAAGGAGCGGCACAAAAUGGCGAACCAGAAGGCGCGCCGCGAGUCCAUGAGCCGCGCCCGCAACAGUCUGCUGUUUACCACGCUCGGCCCCGCCACGGCUUGGGUUCUCUGGCUCGAUGCGGAUAUCGUCGAGACGCCGCCGACCUUGAUUCAGGACCUCACGGCGCACGACUACCCCGUCCUCGUCCCGAACUGCUACCAGCGGUACUACAACUCCGACAAGAAGAAGAUGGAUGUCCGGCCGUACGACUACAACUCGUGGAUCGAUAGUAGUACGGCGCAGAGCAUGGCGGCGGAGAUGGGGGCCGAUGAGAUUCUCCUCGAGGGCUACGCCGAGAUGCCGACCUACCGCACGCUGAUGGCUUAUCUGGCUGAUACAACUAAUCCGAACCCUAAGAAGGCCAUCGAGCUGGACGGGGUGGGCGGCACGGCGCUCAUGGUCAAGGCGGAGGUGCAUCGUGACGGCGCGAUGUUCCCUGCCUUUCCCUUCUAUCACCUGGUCGAAACGGAGGGCUUCGCCAGGAUGGCAAAGCGGCUGGGGUACUCCGUGCAUGGGCUGCCGGAUUAUUUUGUAUACCACCAAAACGAGUGA